GACUGUCCGGUAUACUUGACUGUGAGAGCGAAGGAAAUGCAAAAGACAACCCUCAAAACAGUUGCACUGUUUUUGGUCUUGGUGCGUGUAAAUUGUAAAAUAAUACACGGAAGAAUGUUCGCCGACGAUAUAGUCGUGACGACCAAAUUAGCUUUCCAUAUGAAGCAAGUCACCUGAAUGCUGCUGUGUGAAGCGGGACAUGAUAUCUGACCCCACGGCUGCAGCUGCACCCGGACCCUCCGAGCAGCAGAGUAAGAGCUCACAUAAUGAGGAUGAGGCCAACCCUUCUGCAGCCGUCACCAAUUCGGAGGAAGAGUCUGGCAAUGAGAACAGACGGAAGAGGGGGUGGCGAAGGAAGAGACCUUGCAAGGAAUCAGAGAAUGCCACAAAGAGCAAAAUUGCCAAAAGCCGACGCAGAUGCAGCAGCGUUAGAAAAGACAGGCUCUGCCAGCGUAAACGUCCUCAUGUGGAGGCUGUGACUCUGUUUGAUGUCAUCACCAUGGGCAGGAGUGCCAUGGGGGUGGUGAUUGACGGCUGGAUGGAGUCGUAUUUGGCAGACAGAGACGCGUCCCUCCUUGACCUUAUCACCUUCUUCAUUCAGUGCUGCGGGUGCAAAGGCGUGGUCACAGCUGAAAUGUGUCACACCAAAAGUGACAGUGACACCAUGAACAAGAUGGUGGAGGAGCUGGUUGAAGACUCGGAUGAGGUUGCUGGUCUGCAGUACAAGAAGUUUCUGGCUUUUCCGUGGAUCCUUACCGUCACCUGGCCCAUGGAUGCAGACAGCAUGGAGUAUCCUCUGAUCCAGCCCGGACCGCACAGCCGAUGGUUUCACUCGGAUUUGAGCGACUUUGUGUCGGUGCUGGUCUCUCAGUGUCAGCACAGCAUCCUCUUCGACAACUACCUUAUGACCACGGUUGUCUCGCUGCUCUCCGAGCUCUCCGACUCCCAUAUACGAGCUUUCAGACACACAUGCACGCUAGCAGCAGUCAAACUGUUGAGCUCCCUGAUGGAGGUGGCUCUGAAUCUGAGCGUGGGAAUCGAAAACAGUCAGAAGCUGCAGCGGGUGCAGAGGCCCAGCAGACAGAAGAACCAGGGGCAGCAGAAAGUGACCCAGCUGCAGGAGAAGAAGGUAGAGAUAGAGAGCAUGAUGGAUGUCAUCUUCAAGGCCGUUUUUCUCAAGAGACAUCGUGAUGUACUUCCAGAAAUUCGUUCCAUCUGCAUGGAGGAGUUGGGCUUGUGGAUGAGGCUCUACAGCUCUGUCUUCCUCAAUGACAGUUACCUCAAAUACAUGGAUUGGAUGUCGUACGACAAGAUACCAGAUGUGCGCCUCAAGUGCGUCUUGGGCUUGCAGAGUUUAUACGGAGAUCCUGUGCUUUUGCCUCAACUGGACUUUUUCACCACCCGCUUUAAGGACCGCAUGAUCUCCAUGACUCUGGAUAAAGACAAUGAAGUAGCUUUGCAGACCCUGAAACUGCUGCUUCUCAUCUCCAAAACAUCCAAAGAUGUGCUGAGUCCAGAUGACUACAAGCGACUUCUCCAGCUUGUGUUUUCAUCUCAGCGUCCCCUUGCAGCCACUGCGGGGGAGCUGCUCUUCUUUAGGCUUCUCCAUGCAGCAAAUAAUCAGGAGGGAGUAAAUCAGGAGGACGCUCACAGACAAGAAACACUUAUACGACUCAAGGCUCUGCUGCAGUUCUACCAGAACUCUAAGCUACACAACCAUGUGGUCUACCUCGUGGACAGCCUGUGGGAUUGUGGCGGAACCCUGUUGAAGGACUGGUCCACACUCACGUCUAUACUGCUGCAAGACCCUCACAGUCCCUCACUGGCCCUCACUCAGGCAGAAGAAGUGGUGCUUGUGGAGAUUCUGGUGGCAUCUGUGCGUCAGGCGUCAGAAGGACCAGUGCUGGCUGGGAGGAGCGGUGCAAAGAAGGUAAUGAGUGGCAGAGAGAAGAAAGUUCAGGUUGAAGACUGCACAAAGCUCACACAGCAUUUUCUCACGGUGCUUCCAGAGUUACUGUCCAAGUUUUCAGGUCGCUGGGACAUUAUUGCAUCCUUGAUGAGGAUACCUCAGUACUUCCUGCCGGAGACCCCCCUCGCAGACAAGACACAGUUGGUCUCCAGGUUGUUAGCAGAGAUGGUAGCCAAUCUAGAGGUCCACUCGGGUACCCCUGUUUUAGAGGAGGGGUCCCGUACGUUCCUCAGACUAUGUGGAGAGGAGACCAUGUGGUGUUCCACGGCCCGAUCUGCGAGGGAUUCCUUGGUCCAAUGUUGGGUGGACCACAUCAAAGAGCUGCUGAGUGAAUCCCUAACGGGCACCACUUUCUCUGCUGACGAGGAGAAAACUGGGGACAUUUUAGCUACGCUGAAGAAACUCAGCGCUUUCCACAACUGCCACGAUCUGUCUCGAUGGAAUCUGUUUGACCUGCUGUCACCUCUCCUGGCGGUGGAGAGCUUCCAGGAAGGUGCGUCACCUGAGGUGCUAAAGGAAGUGUUUAAGUGUCUGAGCUACUGUGUUCUCUGGUCUCUGAGCACCAGCAGUGACACUCUGACCUGCAGGGACAAGGCCGUGACCCAGAGACUCCAGUUGCGUGUCCUCAGUGAGACAAGUCAUCGUUGUCUCUCCCACUCAGACCACAGCGUGAGGCAGCAGGCUUUCAUGGGUGUCUGCGACAUUCUCACAGCCCACUCCUACCAGCAACAUGUGUGGAACCCCACGUCCUGGGCCCCCCUACCCUACACACCGACCCCCAAGCUGCAGAUGGCGCUGUUGAGCUUUGUGUGCAAGAACGUCUUUGUAGGAAGAGACUGUGACGAGAGCAAAGCCUGCCAGCACUCUGAGGAGGACAGGAUGGAGGACCUUCACACCAGACGAAGCACACUAGCCGCCUACUGCAAGCUCAUCUUACACAGAGUGUUGGAGAUCAGCAUGGCUGCAGACAUCUUUGCAUACUAUGUGAAGUACUACAACGACUUUGGUGACAUCAUCAAGGAGAUGAUGUACAGGAGCAGACAGAUGGACAAGAUAGAGAGCUCUCGUACUUUAGUGCUUUCUUUGCAGCAGUUGUUUGUGCGUCUUCACCGGAUGCAGGAUGGCGAACGGACGCCACGCCUUCAUCACGGAAUUCAGACCUUCACCAGCAUCAAGGAGCUAGCUAGACGCUUCGCCCUCAGCUUCGGAGACCUUCUUAGGUUCCGGGAGUGUGUGGUCCUCAUUCACAGGACCGGCAUCGACUUCGUGUUUCAGGACUUCAUCCAGACCCCAGAAUAUUCCACACCAGCGUACCUGUCCUAUUUGAGCAUUCUGGCCGAGUUCUCCAGCAAGCUGCUGAAACCAGACAAGAAGACAGUCUUGUCCUACUUGCAGAAGGAAACCUCACACCACAUGGUGGACCUCAGGGAAGACUGCUGGCAGCCGCUCCUCUACUAUCAAGCGUCCUUAUUGGCUGUUGCUGAAGUGGAGGAGGUUGCGUCCCACGGCAGCUCGGACAGGAAGCAGACGGGCCGCUCGGCGUUGUCCAAGAACAAACACGGAAGUCAAGCUGCAGGACCUCUGAGCCCUUCUGAAGCUCACGUUGUCAAAGUCCACAGGUUGGGUCGUCCCAGCCACAAGACCACCCACAUGCUGGAAGACCUCAUGAGACGACCCCAGACUCAAGAACCCGUCCUCCAGGACUCUGAUCAUCAUCAUGAUGAUGAUGACAAUGAUGAUGCUGUGGAUGUUGAACAUUGAGGAAGUGGAACUCAAAGUAGCAAGGUAGCACUUUGUCUUCAUGCACACUAGCAGUAUACUACGCUAUACUAUGUGUACAUUAUAUACUUACUUGUGUAUAUUUACACCUACUUGUACAACAUGGGCGCUUUAUGAACAUACUGUAAAUGUACUAAGGAGGGUUGGGGUCACACUGAGAACAAUUGGGAGGACAAAAACCAAAAAUAAAUUAUGAGAAAAUAUUUUAAUAAUUUUUUGGGAAAAAAAUACAUUUUAUUCUUGUAUUAUGUAUUUUUUUCUUGUAAUUUAAAAAUGUAUUAUAGUUUCAGAUUCAUUAUUUAGUCUUGAUUUUAUUCUAUAUAGUUAAGUGGAUCCCCUCACAUUUGCCAUUCAGCAUUCAAAGCCCUGAAAAUUUGCUGAUUUUUGGUCACAUCUGCUGUAUUGUCUAAGUAUUCUUCUAAGACUAACUUUUUUUUCUUGAAAAA